AUGGAGUCCUCACGCGGCCCGCCGAGGGUCAAGAACAAGGCCGCUGCGCCUGUUCAGAUUUCCGCCGAACAGCUGCUUCGAGAAGCUGUCGACCGCCAGGAGACGUCCCUGCAAGCCCCCACCCAGCGUUUCGCCGACCUCGAGGAGCUCCAUGAGUUCCAGGGUAGGAAGCGCAAGGGGUUCGAGGACUAUGUCAGGCGGAACAGGAUUAACAUGAACAACUGGACGCGAUAUGCCGCAUGGGAACUUGAGCAGAAGGAAUACAAGCGCGCGCGCUCCAUUUUCGAGCGAGCUCUCGAUGUCGACCCGACUUCCGUGAUAUUAUGGAUUCGAUAUAUCGAGGCUGAGAUGAAGGAGAGGAACAUCAAUCAUGCCAGAAACCUACUCGAUCGCGCCGUUACAAUUCUUCCCAGAGUCGACAAGCUAUGGUAUAAAUAUGUCUACAUGGAGGAGAUGUUGGGCAACAUCCCGGGAACGAGGCAGGUUUUUGAGCGAUGGAUGUCGUGGGAACCCGACGAGGCGGCGUGGAGUGCCUACAUCAAGUUGGAAAAGAGAUAUGGCGAGAUACAACGAGCCCGCGAGAUUUUUGAACGCUUCACCAUUGUGCACCCGGAACCACGCAAUUGGAUCAAGUGGGCCAAGUUCGAGGAAGAGUUCGGGACCAGCGACCUUGUCAGAGAAGUUUUUGGCGCCGCGGUGGAGGCUCUCGGCGACGAAUUCGUGGACGAGAGACUCUUCGUUGCGUACGCGCGAUUCGAGGCCAAGUUGAAGGAGCUGGAGCGAGCGCGCGCAAUAUACAAAUAUGCUCUCGACCGGCUACCACGGUCUAAGUCGAUGGGUUUACACAAGGCGUACACCACUUUCGAGAAGCAGUUCGGCGACAGAGAAGGCGUCGAAGACGUUAUCCUGUCCAAAAGGAGGCGGCACUACGAGGACCAGAUCAAGGAGAACCCCAAGAACUACGAUAUAUGGUUCGAUUACGCCCGCCUUGAAGAGACGUUAGGCGACCUAGACCGAGUGAGGGAUGUAUACGAGCGAGCCGUGGCGCAGAUUCCCCCAACACAGGAGAAGCGGCAUUGGCGGCGAUACAUCUACUUGUGGGUUUUCUACGCGAUUUGGGAAGAGAUGGAGGCGAAAGACAUCGACCGAGCUCGCCAGAUAUACAAACUGUGUUUGGACCUAAUACCCCACAAGAAGUUCACUUUUGCGAAGGUCUGGCUGAUGAAGGCACAAUUCGAACUUCGUCAAGGCGAGUUGACAGCUGCGCGGAAGUCACUUGGGCAAGCCAUUGGCAUGUGCCCGAAAGACAAGUUAUUCAAGGGCUACAUCGAGCUUGAACUGAAGCUUUUCGAGUUUCUGCGUUGCCGGACACUCUACGAGAAGCACAUUGAAUGGAAUCCGGCCAACUGCCAGACGUGGAUCAAGUUCGCAGAGUUGGAGCGGGGGUUGGACGACCUGGAACGGACGAGAGCGAUAUUCGAGCUCGCAAUCAACCAGGCGGCUCUGGAUAUGCCCGAGCUGCUAUGGAAAGCGUACAUCGAUUUCGAGGAAGAGGAGGGCGAGUACGACAGGACUCGAGAGCUGUACGAAAGGCUGCUUGAGAAGACGGAUCACGUCAAGGUGUGGAUCAGCUACGCGCACUUCGAAAUCAACAUCCCCGACGAGGACGAAGAGGAGGCAGAAGACGGGGCGGAGGAGCGGUCAGUCAGCGAAGAGGCCAAGGCAAGAGCGCGCAAGGUGUUCGACCGGGCCUACAAGAGCAUGAAAGAGAAGGAACUCAAAGACGAGAGAGUCUCGCUCCUCAACGCCUGGCUGUCGUUCGAGCGAGCGCACGGGUCUGCGGAAGACAUCGACAAGGUGCAGAAGCAGAUGCCGCGCAAGACGAAGCGCAGGCGCAGACUCGAGGACGACACUUUCGAGGAGUACAUCGACUACAUCUUCCCGGCAGACGACGAGCAGAAGAUGGAGAUGUCGAAGAUGCUCGCGAUGGCAUCGGCUUGGAAACAAGGUGGUGGAGGCCUUACUGGAUCUAGCUGA